AUGACAUCAUUGUCGAUUAACCAGGGCCUACCUGUCGCGCACUACAGAGACUUCACCCAAAAAUGUGCCAAGGUUGGUGAGCUCAAGGGCUGGGUCAGGAAUACUACUUGCGGAAGGGUGAGUGAUCUCUGUCGUGUCUUCAGACGUGGCGCUUACUGGAUCUUUGGAUCUUAUCAGGUCGAAGGCGAGGCCCAGGGAAGUAACGAAAAAGUGCAGAAGUUCCUUCAAUGCAUCGACAAAGGUCCUUCCAUGGCUCAUGUAGUGAAGCUGGAGAAGUGCAACCUGGAUGUGCGGGAUGACGAGGAAGGGUUUGCCGUGAUGCGAACAGCAGAGUCCAUGUUUAAGCCGGGGAACUAG